AUGCAACAAAAGUUCCUGCUGCAUCGAUUUCUCAGCGAACUGGAAUGGUUCAUGCUGGUUCGUCAACAAAGGUGGCCCCAAAAGUCUUUGGACAACUUGAAAGACUUUACAGAUGCCAUCGUGGCAAGCCGUCGUGGUGGCCGUUGGGAUGAGAUCAGAAGUUUGCAAAGGCAAAUCAAGAGCUCGUCACUUCAGACAGAUAUCGUCAUUUGCAGUGCAAGCAUCAGUGCCGCUGCUGAGGCAUCGAAAUGGCAAUGGUCUGUGUGGCAAUUAAAGAAUCUGGAAGAUGAAGGUUUGCGAGCUGAUUUAAUUGCUUGCAGUGCUGUCAUCAGUGCUUGUGAGAAGGUGGGAAAUUGGCAAGGAGCCACAUUUUUGCUGAGCAGCAUAGUAUUGAGGCAGAUCCAGCCCAAUGCUGUAAGUUGCAAUGCAGCUCUCAGUGCUUGCGAGAAGGGUUUUUGCUGGGUGGUUGCAACUGCGCUCUUGCAAUCUACAAAACAGGCACAUCACAGGCCCGACCACGUCACGUACAGUGCGUUGGCAAGUUCUUUGGAAUCCAGAGGACAUUGGGAGUUAGCCAGCCAAGCCGCUACGGCCUUGCGACUGAGCGGCCUUAGAGCAGACGUGGUCUUCUGUAAUGCGAUCGUCAGCUCGAUGGAGAAAGGCUGUCAGUGGCAUUUGGCCACAGCUUUGUUGGAUGCGAUGCGGCAAACGCAUCAGCGCGUGAGCCGCAUCACCCUGAACUCAGUCAUGAGUGCUUGUGAGAAGGGUUUCCGCUGGAGAGAUGCACACAGAAUGCUGUGCAAGAGAUACAUCAGCGCUCUAUCUUUGAAGCUGGACAUUUUUGCGAUACUUGGUUGCGGCAAGCAGGAGUACAUAAGCGCAUCGCCACUACGUCUUUGGUGA